CCCCCAUCGCUCUCCUCUCUCCAUCUGUCUGCCACUCCAUUAAUGUCGGUUUCCAUUUUCCCACUCACAAUGACCCCAAGAAACUCGAGGAGAUGGAACAAAGCAAAAGUUAAAAACACACACACAGGAAUAAGCUUAAAAAAACCUCUUCCUUUAUUCGAGAAGCAGAGCACAUUGAUUCCAAGUUUAUGUUAAAGGAGGGACAUAAUCUCAUCAACGAGGUUAUAACAUUGGAUUGUAGGAAACUUUCUUUUGCUCUUUUGAGAAUCAGUGUUUCCUGAUUGAAUGAAAUUUCUGGUGGUUUAGAUCUCUGAGUUUUGGUGAUAGAUCAGAUUAACAGGCAGACUUUUGAGAAUGUCGACAGUGGGAAAUUCUACAAACAUAUUUUGGCAAGAAUCACCCAUUGGGAAAACUGAAAGGCAGAAGUUGUUAAACCAGAAGGGUUGUGUGGUGUGGAUCACAGGGCUCAGUGGCUCAGGGAAAAGCACGUUAGCUUGCUCGCUGAGUAGAGAGCUGAACAACCGGGGAAAGCUAUCAUACAUUCUUGAUGGCGACAAUCUUCGUCAUGGUUUGAACAAAGAUCUUGGUUUCAAGGCAGAGGAUAGAGUGGAAAAUAUACGCAGGGUCGGAGAAGUAGCCAAACUUUUUGCAGAUGCUGGUUUGAUCUGUAUUGCCAGCCUCAUAUCCCCGUAUAGAAAAGACCGUGACGCCUGCAGGGAAAUGAUGCAGGAUUCAUCUUUUAUUGAGGUUUUCAUGAAUAUGUCUCUGCAAUUGUGUGAAGCAAGAGACCCUAAAGGCCUAUACAAGCUUGCACGUGCAGGGAAGAUCAAAGGUUUCACUGGAAUAGAUGAUCCAUAUGAAUCUCCCUUGAACUGUGAGAUAGAGCUGAAAGAGAAAGAGGGAGAGUGUCCUUCCCCUGUAGCUAUGGCUGAGGAAGUCAUCUUUUAUUUAGAAGACAAAGGCUUCCUUCAAAACGAGUAACCUUCACCAUAAUCUAACGGCUGAGAUUUGUUUUUCCUUUUACUUUGAUGGGUGUUCUCUGUUUAUUACUUUCCUGAAACAGUGCAAAUUCUUAAGAAGUUUCAACUAAUGAAAUCAUUCAACAUCAGAAUCUUUU